AUGGACACCUUGACCGGGAAAGAAGCUCUGACGCACUUCCCAUCCCUGGGACCCUCCACAAACUCUGCCCAGGGGAAGGUCCACGUGAAGCAGUGUGACCUGCUGAAGCUGUCCCGCAAGCAGAAGAGGCUUUGCCGGAGGGAGCCUGGCUUGGCAGAGACCUUGCGGGAUGCCAUCCGGCUUGGGAUCAUGGAGUGCCAGUACCAGUUUCGCAGCGAGCGCUGGAACUGCAGCCUGGAGGGACGGACCAGCCUGCUGAAGCGAGGUUUUAAGGAAACUGCCUUCCUCUAUGCGGUGUCCUCCGCAGCUCUUACCCACUCCCUGGCCAGAGCGUGUAGUGCUGGGCGCAUGGAGCGCUGCACCUGUGAUGACUCCCCAGACCUGGAGAACCGCAAGGCCUGGCAAUGGGGUGUUUGUGGAGACAACCUCAAAUACAGCACCAAGUUCCUGAAAAAAUUCUUGGGUCAGAAGAGGAUUGGCAAAGACCUGCGGGCCAAGGUGGACAUCCAUAACACCAAUGUUGGCAUCAAGGCUGUGAAAAAUGGUCUCAAAACCACAUGCAAGUGCCAUGGUGUCUCCGGCUCAUGUGCUGUCCGGACAUGCUGGAAACAGCUUUCGCCUUUCCAUGAGAUUGGACGACUACUGAAGCUGCGCUAUGAUGACGCCGUCAAGGUCUUCAGCACCACCAAUGAUGCUGUGGGACACUCAGAGCUGGCUGGCCCACAGAGACACAGCCAUUCCCCCAAGCACCCUGCUUCGCCCCGCUCUACUGACCUGGUGUAUGUGGAAGACUCCCCCAGUUUCUGUCGUCCCAGCAAAUACUCCCUGGGAACUGCUGGGAGGACCUGCUCUCGGGAAGGCAACUGUGACAGCAUGUGCUGUGGACGAGGCUAUAACACCCAGAGCCGGCUGGUUACCUUCUCUUGCCACUGUCAGGUGCAGUGGUGUUGCUAUGUUGAGUGCCAACAGUGCAUGCAGGAAGAGGUGGUCUACAGCUGCAAGCAGUAAAGUCAGUGCU